AUGCCAAUCCCAAUUGAAUAUAGUUCCAUCCGUCGCAUGAGUACAAUUACUGUGCCCAAACAAGAUAUAAACUUUGACGCUUAUGAUUUUCAGUUGUGUCAGCCUCAAAAUGACAUCAAAGGAGCAUUUGAGUCGCGCGAAUUGGAGGCAACAUUCUGCCGUGAUUUUGCUUGCUGUGGGUUGAUUCUUGACGAUCUUCAUGAUUUGUUGCAGCACUAUGAAGAGUGCCAUGUCAGACUGGAAGAAGAUGAAGAAAGCAGCUUCUAUGAUGAGACAGAGGCAUCAUGUUCAGGUAGCUGGUCUGCUAUCUCAUCCCCCACCAUGGAGCAGCAAGAGGUUGACAGUGAUCAAAUGGUGACACUCAAGAAAAGAGCGGCUGCGUAUCUGUCUGAUUUAUACAACUCCACCUCCUCUGCAUCUUCGUCCAUGAUCACACCGCCUAUCUCACCCUCUAUCUCAACUAUUGUGGAAGAGGACAUUGAAGAGCCAUCGACACCUACAGCCGCCACAACCACCACAGCAGCAGCAACAUCUGCCACAAAGAAAUCCAACGGCAAAAAGAGAACAUUUGGCCAAAUGAACACACCCAAUGCAUUUGAUUUAUUGACUCAAUCUGCCGCCAAAAAGAUUGCCCUUGCAUCUGGUAACGGUGAUUUGCCUACACCUCUCUUGACGGAUGAAGAUUUCCUUGCUCAAGCUGGUGCCUUGUUAGCUUCUGCCAAUUCGAACGCCAAUGCUGAUAAGCCAUACAAAUGCCCUGUAGGUGGGUGUGACAAAGCAUACAAAAACCCCAAUGGAUUGAAAUACCACAAUCAACAUGGACAUUGCAACAUGACAGCUGAUGAUAGCGAUAAUAUGGCUAAACCCUAUCAAUGCACAAUUGGCGACUGCGGCAAGCGAUACAAGAAUCUGAAUGGGUUGAAAUAUCAUAUUGAGCAUUCUCACAUGGCUGCCUUGAACCAUACAUUGGCUGCAUUUGGCUCUACUUUAUUUUCAAAUGCUUUUUCCAACCAAGAACCAUCGCAAUCAUCCACCUUCUAA